GGGCGUGAUGAUGUUGUCCGACGUCAGUCAGUGACAGCUAGCUGUCAGAAAGCCCAGUCCCCAUAGAGAGAGAGAACUGUCACUAUACGGUAGUAGUUACUACCCUAACGAUUGCACACCGUACAUUUGGCUUGGUGAACAAUCACACGAAUCGGCGACACCAAAGAGGAGCUAUCACUCUGUCCGUGACCUGAACCGAGCCCAGGCCAUGGACGAACAGGCAGGGCCCGGCGUUUUGUUCAACAACAACUCUAUCUUAGCGGGCGGUGGGAAAGGACUGCUGCCGGAGGGGGACGCAGGAGAGGCAGCCAGGUCUCCGUACAGUAUCCCGGGGAUCCUACACUUCCUGCAACACGAAUGGGCCCGCUUCGAGGUGGAGAAGGUAGAAUGGGAGUUGCAACGCGCCGAAUUACAGGCCCAGAUAGCCUUCCUGCAGGGAGAGAGGAACGGACAGGAGAACCUGAAGAAGGAUCUCGUCAGGAGGAUUAAGAUGCUGGAGUAUGCCCUCAAACAGGAGAGGGCCAAGUACCACAAGUUAAAAUAUGGAACAGAGUUGAACCAAGGAGACGUGAAACCUCCCAGCUAUGACUACGAUGAGGUGAUUGAGAAUGAGACUCCUGGGUCCUUGAACAACCAGCUGUCCUGGAAACAAGGCCGCCAGCUCCUCAGACAGUAUCUCCAGGAGGUGGGUUACACAGACACCAUCCUGGAUGUGAAGUCUCACAGGGUACAAACCCUGCUGGGUCUGGCUGGAGACGGACGGGGACCUGUGGAGAGGACGGCCAACGGAACAGACACCUCACCUAAAGGCACGCGCACCAGAGGAGGGACGACAGAGCAGUCCAGUGUUGUGCAGGAGGCCUUUAGGUUCAUAGAGAGCUCUGCAGCUGACUACAGUGAUGAAGAUGAUGAUGAAGACGGUUCAGGGAAUGACAGGACUAUCAUGGAACAGACAGGACCUACGGGGACGAUUGUGAGGAAGAAGCCGUCCCUCUCCACCAGUAUGGACACUAGUGAGGACCCAGACACUGACGAUGCAAUGAAGGGCUUUGACUUCCUGUCUAGUCCAGAUGAUAUGGACACGUCACCUGAGUCCCGUAGCGCAGGAAACGGGACCAAGUGGGAGGAGGAGGAACAGACUGCCAUGUCAGAGGUCUGGGACAUGGACCAGGGUCUGAUAACCAAACUCAAAGAGGAGUACAGGAAGGAACGCAAGGGGAAAAAAGUGGGGCAGAGACCGAACCGGUCUAAGCUCCAGGACAUGUUGGCCAACCUGAGGGACCAGGAGGACAUGAAUCCCAGAGAACCCUCCUCUACUUCCCAGUCCCGCUCCAACGCACCCAGGCUCAAUGAACACCACCAGGACAACCACACUGAUGAAGUGGAGGUGUUGACGGUCCCUCCUUCCUCUGGGACGGCCUUUAUCCUGGGUCCUGAUGUGAACAUGGAGGCUGCACUGGGACUUGGAGAGUUGGCUGGUCUCACUGUAUCUAAUGAGGCUGAUAGUCUGGCCUAUGAUAUGUCCAACGACAAGGGUGCCCUGAGGAGGACGUGGAACCCCAAGUUUACUCUGCGGAGCCACUUUGACGGGAUCCGAGGUUUGGCGUUCCACCCCGUAGAACCGGUUCUGGUCACCGCCUCGGAGGACCACACGCUGAAGAUGUGGAACCUGCAGAAGACUGCCCCCGCAAAGAAGAGUGCCUCUGUAGAUGUGGAGCCCAUGUACACAUUCAGAGCCCACCAGGGUGCAGUGCUGUGUGUUGUGAUGAGCAGUACAGGAGAGCAGUGUUUCAGUGGAGGAGUGGACGGGACCAUUCAGAGCUGGAACACACCUAACCCUAACCUCGACCCAUACGAUUCAUACGAGCCGUCUGUCCUGCGUGGGGCGCUGUGUGGUCAUACUGACUCGGUGUGGGGUCUGGUGUACAGUGGUGUUCAUCAGAGACUCCUGUCUUGUUCUGGAGACGGCAGCGUCAGGCUAUGGGACGCCUCCAGUACCAGGCCUGCCCUGGCCACCUUCCACAGUAAAGAGUUUGGCAUGCCCUCGUCAGUGGACGUGGUCUGCAGUGACCCCGCCCACAUGGUGACGUCGUUCACCGGCGGUCAGAUUGGCCUCUUCAACAUGGAGACACAGCAACUGGUGCUCAGCCUGGAGUCUGCUGCAGAGACGGGUAACCCCUGUCAGAUCAACAAGGUGCUGAGUCACCCCACCCUCCCCAUCACCAUCACCGCCGAAGAGGACAAACACAUCAAGUUCUACGACAACAACACGGGGAAGCUGAUCCACUCAAUGGUGGCCCAUCUGGAUGCUGUUACCAGUCUAGCUGUCGACCCCAACGGGCUCUAUCUGAUGUCUGGCAGUCAUGACUGCUCUAUUCGUCUGUGGAACCUGGAAACUAAGACGUGUAUCCAGGAGUUCACAGCUCACAGGAAGAAGAAUGAUGAGUCUAUCCAUGACGUGGCCUUCCACCCCUCUAAGGCCUACAUCGCCUCCGCCGGGGCCGACGCUCUCGCCAAGGUGUUCGUAUGACGAGGACCAAUCACAGUCCACUGACACAGCUUCCCAGCUCCAGGGACCAAUAGAUGUGGGUGUGUGGGGUGCUACGCAGACUUCACCUCACACAUAUCCCCUCUCACGCUACUGGUUCCCUGUUUUGACUGCUGGAUGGUGCAGCCAAUAGACUCUAAUAAGCACCAGACUAGGCGCUCCUCCAGAGGGAGAGGGUCAGGGCUGUGGUUGACUGGGAGGUCUGUUUGGAGAACUGCUAUUGGGCACAAGGCUUCCUCCUCCCUCUAUAAUCCAGGCAGGCCCCUGGGUGUGACCGGCCACAGAGACCCUCCUCCUCAACCUGUAUCCAUUGAUCACCCACACAGACUGAUUCUAUGGUUCAGACUAGUCUUAUGCUCUGUCUUCACAGCUAGCGAAGGGUUGAAGACAGACUGACAGGUGUUUUAUAGUGUAGACUCACUGGAGAGGUGGAGCACCUUGCCCUAACUCCCUCCCCAUGUCACCAAGCCCAUUACCCCAGAACCCCAGGCCUUUCAUUACCCCAGAACCACAGGCCUCUCAUUUUCUCCAGAACCACAGGCCUCUCAUUUUCCCCAGAACCACAGGCCUCUCAUUUUCCCCAGAACCACAGGCCUCUCAUUUCCCCCUGAACCCCGGGCCUCUCAUUUUCCCCAGAACCCCGGGCCUCUCAUUUUCCCCAGAACCCCGGGCCUCUCAUUUCCCCCAGAACCCCGGGCCUCUCAUUUCCCCCAGAACCCCGGGCCUCUCAUUUCCCCCAGAACCCCGGGCCUCUCAUUUCCCCCAGAACCCCGGGCCUCUCAUUUCCCCCAGAACCCCGGGCCUCUCAUUUCCCCCAGAACCCAAGGCCUCUCAUUUCCCCCAGAACCCCAGGCCUCUCAUUACCCAAGAACCCCAGGCCUCUCAUUUCCCCCAGAACCCCAGGCCUCUCAUUUCCCCCAGAACCCCAGGCCUCUCAUUACCCAAGAACCACAGGCCUCUCAUUUUCCCCAGAACCACAGGCCUCUCAUUUUCCCCAGAACCACAGGCCUGUCAUUUCACCAGAACCCCAGGCCUCUCAUUUCCCCCAGAACCCCAGGCCUCUCAUUUCCCCAGAACCCCAGGCCUCUCAUUUCCCCAGAACCCCAGGCCUCUCAUUUCCCCAGAACCCCAGACCUCUCAUUGCCCCAGAACCCCAGGCCUCUCAUUUCCCCAGAACCCCAGGCCUCUCAUUGCCCCAGAACCCCAGACCUCUCAUUGCCCCAGAACCCCAGGCCUCUCAUUUCCCCAGAACCACAGGCCUCUCAUUUCCCCAGAACCCCAGACCUCUCAUUUUCCCCAGAACCGCAGGCCUCUCAUUUUCCCCAGAACCCCAGGCGUAUCCCAUUUAGACCUCUGUCUGCUCCCUGGUCCAUCCUCUCCUCCAAGUCAGGUUCAGAGUUGUGUUGUGAUGGAGAUGUGGGGUACUUACUGAAGGCUGACUGGCUGGCUGUGGCAUCUCACUAUUCCUUGCCGUUUCUAAGACUGACUCGGUCUACUCUGCCUGCCUCCAGCCAGCCUUUCUCUCUCUUUCUGCUUUCCUUUUAAGAACACUUACUGACAAAUGUGCCUUUGCUUUAAAAAGGUCUUGAAACAGAAGUUAUUUUAUAGAACUGUUUUUUUGAGGGAGGAGUUUAUGCGGAAAGGUUUUCACAAUGGUGUCCGUUUUUACCAAUACAUUGGGUGUAAAAUUGCAAAUACCUAUAAUAAAUAUAUAUUAAGUCUUAA